AACUAACUAGUAUUAUGAGUGUUUGCCGGUGUGACAGGGUUUAUGUCGUAGUUUGGAGUUUUAGUUCCUUGUGCUUGUUGUGUAUUGAAUUACUCGUCCGAUUGAUUGCGGUGCUUUUUACGAACUUCAGACGUCGGCUAACGCUUAGCCUUGUUAUAGUUGCACUUAAAACGCGUUAUUUGACAAAUGCCUGAUUCGAGGAUGAUGAAUAAGAACGGGAUGGUGUCAGUCAUACAGACGCGUAUAAGGACUGAUCCAUUUAAGAACCAUUACGACUUGGUUGGCAAAGAAUUGGGCAGGGGGAAAUUUGCAGUGGUGAAGAAGUGCAUUGAGAAGAAGACUGGGAAGGAGCAUGCUGCCAAGUUCCUGCGGAAACGGAGGAAAGGCGAGGACUGCCGCAUGGACCUAAUCAACGAGAUCGCCGUCCUGGAGUCCGCCAAGUCCAACCCCUACAUCAUUUCGCUACACGAGGUCUAUGAGACUACCUCGGAGAUCAUCCUUGUCCUGGAGUGUGCUGCUGGUGGAGAGAUCUUCAACCAGUGCGUUGCAGACAAUGAUGAGGCCUUCACAGAGCAGGAUGUGAUCAGGCUGGCAAGGCAGAUCCUGAUGGGCGUGUCCUGUCUUCACCAUAACAAUGUGGUCCACUUAGAUCUGAAGCCUCAGAACAUCCUUCUAACCAGUGCUCGGCCCCUGGGGGACAUCCGCAUCGUAGACUUUGGCCUGUCCCGACGAAUGGACAACAUGAAGGAGUUACGAGAAAUUCUGGGCACUCCAGAGUAUGUAGCUCCUGAGGUCCUAAACUAUGAACCUAUCAGCACAGCAACAGACAUGUGGAGUAUUGGAGUCCUGGCCUAUGUUAUGCUGACUGGUGAAUCCCCCUUCCUGGGCAAUGAUAAGCAGGAGACGUUCCUCAACAUCUCUCAGGUCAAUGUUGACUAUUCCCAAGAUGUCUUUGAAGGAGUAUCAUCCCUGGCCAUAGAUUUCAUAAAGUCGCUGCUGGUCAAGAACCCAAGAAACAGAGCCACUGCCGAAGAGUGUCUGAAGCACCCCUGGCUGAGUGGGCACCCGCACACUCCCCUCCUCUCCAGCCACCUGCCCUCCUUGGAGGAGCCUGUGGCCAGCCAGUCUGAGUCAGAACCAGAGCCAGACAGCCCAGCCCCAACCCCAAAGCUGGUCAUCUUGGCCUCCUACACCCUCUGCUCUAGCCUGAGUGAAAUAAAGCCAGGGAGGGCCACCUACAGCUUCAAUGAUGCCUUCCCCACCCAAUCUGAGAUAAAGCGAGAGCUCAUCUGCUGAGCUGUGCCAGCAAUUCCACCAAGGACCACAAAGGUCCAACUGACACAAGGGGAACAUGGCUGAAGGCUUGUAGCGAGGCUCAGUGUGUUGCCAUUCUUAGCACUUUGCAAUGCCUAAUGCCUCAUGCAUGCACACCUGCAAGUGCGCACACCAUAUGAAUGUUAAGUGCUAACAGCUUUGCCCUUCUUUGUGGUGGACAUGGAUUCAGGGAGGGGAGAAUGAUGGUCUUGAUUCGCUCUUCAGCAAGUCGCGAGCAUAGUGUUGGAAAAAAUUUCUUUAAAAAAUGGACAAAAAUAACCCUAAAAAAGAAAGAAGCAUUAUUUUUCCCCUCAUGCUUUGGAUGAGAAGAAUGUGAACCACCAAGAACACUUUUGAUGGUUUGUUGUUUGCUCCCUUUGUUCUCCCAUGUACACCACUCGAACCUUGAACUACUUCCUUCAAAAGGAAGGUUUGUCAGCCAGGGACCAAUAACAUCAAAGCUUAGCUGGAAUAGCUCCUUUUUUUGGAGGACAGGGCAUUUUUUUCCAUACCUUUGUCGUUUUGCCAAACAUGUAAGAAAAUUGUUCAGAAUUCCUCUUGAAUGCAGAAAUGAUAAACUGGUCAUGCAACCUGCCUCAAAAAGACCAGUCAUAAUGCGGUUUCAAAAGUGUCAAAUGCUCUUGUCUUAUUUAUUUAUUUUGUUUGUUUGUUUUACCCUUAUCCCCUUAAGUUUCAAGUCUCUGAUCUGUACCAUACUGCCAGUGUUCGAAUACAUUUUGGUGUCUCUUGUAGGCAGCUUCUAAGCACUUUGUCAAUGACAAAACAACUUAAAUGUUCAUAUCAGAAAAUACUUUUGGCUGAACCAUGCAUAUGUUAAGACACCAAUGCAUGCAUGCACAAAAACGCACACCACAUAUUGUAAAUGGUUUUGAUAACAUUCUGAGUGCCAGGCAGUGCACUCUUUAUAAUGUUAGUUUAAACACAUCUACUGCUAAUAUUAUACAGUUUUAUACAUUUCCAUUACUGUUCAAAAAGGCAUUAUUUGCAUAACUUCAAUUCUUAUUUUAUUUCCUGCUCUUUCAGCCAUCAGGUGAAGCUGUGUAGAUCCAAAGGUUAAUAAAGGCCAGAACGCAACAAAAUCACAAAAACUGGGCAGUAAAUGGAUCAGUUAAAGAUUUCUGUGGGUUUUGAAACUUGUUUGAAUUCCUGACAUUGUCAACUGAGAGAGUACUGAAUUUUGUAUAUUUGUUUAUUUUUAGUUCAUUGGUCUAUAAAAAAAAUAUUUUUCUAUUGCCUUUUUUGAUGUUUUAAGGCUGAAGUUGUAUGAAAUUAUAAAAGUUGUCAUUAAAUCAUUGUCAGCA